AUGUUUGCAAAGUUGAAGAAGAAGAUAGCGGAAGAGGCAGCGAUUGCUCCCAGACCAGGAGGAGCUGCCAGGAUCCCCAGAUCCGUCAGUAAGGAGUCGAUUACGUCCGUGGGAGCAGACUCCGGCGACGACUUUGCUUCUGAUGGAAGCAGCUCUAGAGAGGAUCUUUCAUCCCAGUUGUUCAGAAGAAAUGAACAAAUAAGAAAGCUGGAGGUCAAGCUGUCUGAUUACGCUGAUCAGAUCCGAAACUUGCGGAAGAUAAAAGAGAAGCUUGAAAAUGCAUUAGAAAAGCAUCAGGAUUCCUCCAUGAGGAAGUUCCAGGAGCAGAAUGAAGCUCACCAGGCCAGUCGAGCCAAGAUGGCAGAAGGGAUGGCUUUGGCCUUGGAGAAGAAGGACCAGGAGUGGAUGGAAAAACUGACUCAAGUUGAAAAGGAAAAAAAAAUGCUUGAAAAGCAGUUGCAAGAAGUGAAGGAGCAGAGUUUGAACCUCUUUCAAAAAAGAGAUGAAAUCGAUGAACUGGAGGGCUUUCAACAGCAGGAAAUUGCCAAAGUUAAACACAUGCUUUUGAAAAAGGAAGAGUCUCUGAGCAAAACAGAGCAGGAACUGGAGGUGUGCACUCGAGAGCUCACCCGCACUAAGGAGGCGCUUCAGGAUGCAAGCAGCGAGGCAUCAGGCCUAAGGAAGGAUCUUCAGGAGCUGCAGCAGCAGUUUUUGGAGCUGCAGGCCCAGAGAGAUGAACUAAUGACAGCUGAGACAAAUGCAGAAAAUAAGAUCACUGCUCUGGAAUUAAGAGAACAGGAGCUACAAACUGUCAUUCAGCAGCUUUCUGUAGACUUGCAAAAUGCUCGAGUUGCUGGUUCUGGUUGUGAGAAGAGACUGGAAAUGUUACAGGUGGAGCAUGAAUCUCUGAAGGUGGAAUACGAACAACACAAGCAAAAGAUGGCUUUUGAAUUUGCUGAGAGAAAUCAACUUACUGAACAGCUGCAGGAAAAAGUAUCUUCCUUGGAAAAGAAGCUAGAAAGAAAUCUUUCAGGGGAUGAACAUGUGCAGGAGCUACUCAAGGAGAAAGCCUCUCUUGAGCAGAAACUGGAUGAAACCAGGCAGCAGAUACUAAUAGACAGAACACAUCACACUGAGACUGUGAACCGAUUGGAAACACAGAAUAAAGAACUGGAACAAAAACUACGGAUUGCAACAGAAGCAUUGAAAGAGAGCAAAGAAGCAGCUGCUGAGCAGAAUCUGGAGAUCCAGAAGCUGCAAGCUGAUCUAGAGGAUGAAAGAAGUAAACUACAGCAACAGAUUUUAGAUGAGAAACAUCAGUACGAUCAGAAAGUGACUGGGCUGGAGUCUCAGAUUGCUGCGCUUGAGAAGGCUUGGGAGUUUGAUAAAACAGCUGCUCAGCACAGGAUCAGCCAGUUGGAAAAGGAAAAUGAAAAUCUUAGUGGAAGCAGAGAAGAGUAUGAGAGCUCCUUAAAAAGACAAGAGUCUGAACUGAACAGGCUAAAGAAUGAACUGAGCAGCAGAGAGACUGUCAGCAUCGAAAUUGCCAAAGCAUUGGAAGAAACACGAAAACAAAGAGAGGAGUUACAACAGCAGGUUUCACAUCUGGCCUCGUUAAUAAAGGAAAAAGACCAGCUGAUUGAUGAAAAAGGUGAUGUGCUUCUAAAACAGAAAGAAGAACUAAACCAGCUCAGUCAAGAUCAUGAAGCUGUCCUGCUGCAAAUGCAUCAGUUGCAAUCUGACGUAGAAGCAAGUAAUAGCCAAGCGGUGGAGAAAGAAGAAAUGGCAAGAAAGGAAAUUGAUGAACUGAAGUUGCAGAUCCAGGAGUGCCUGCUGGCCAGAGAACAUGAGAAAAAUGUUUCAGAACUAGAGGAAUCAACGAGAGCCUUGAACAAUGAGCAUGUACAUUCUCCAGACAACCGAGUGGUGGAACAGAAUGGAGAGGUAGCAGCUACAGACAUCAUUCAGCUUCAGAAGGAUAACAGAGAGCUGGAGCAGCAAAUUGCUGAGAAAAACAAGAUGAUAAAGCAGCUACAGCAGAGAAUGGCAGAGCUCAAGAAGACCCUCCAGAAAGAGUUGAAAAUAAGGCCUGACGGUGAGGUACCUGAAGUACGUGAAAAAGCAAAUUCUGAAGUGCCUAAUGCUUCUGUGACUGUCACGAAUAACUCUGAUUUAAAUGACUCCAGGGAGAUAAACUUCGAAUACCUUAAGCAUGUUGUACUAAAAUUCAUGUCCUGCCGGGAAUCUGAGGCAUUCCAUCUAAUUAAAGCUGUAUCUGUGUUACUGAAUUUUUCACAAGAGGAAGAAAACAUGCUCAAAGAAACUUUGGAGUACAAGAUGUCAUGGUUUGGGUCAAAGCCAUCUCCCAAAGGCAGUAUCCGGCCAUCUAUCUCGAGCCCAAGGACACUGUGGCCUUAA